AUGAGCGGUCAAGCUGCCAGUUAUUACAAUACCAAUCAAAGCUUUGGCGGGCCUCCGCCUCAGCAGCAGCAGCAACAACAACAACAACCUUACUACAAUCCUGAAGCUCCUCAGGGAGCACCGUCGCAGCCGAAUCAUUCCAAUGGAGGCUACGCGCGCGGCCCUGAGCCCAAGCCGCCCCAGGAACCGCCACCCACAUACAACCAGGCUGUUUAUGGGUUUGACGAGGCCUUCAAGGUCGAGAAGCCCAAAUGGAAUGACCUCUGGGCCGGUUUAUUGCUCAUCGCGGUGUUUCUCGGCUACGUCGCUGUCUCCGGGGUGGUGAUCUACCGCUAUAGCAAGUACAAAGGGUUCAACGGGGGCGGCAUCUACGACUCGGCCAACGACUUCUCGCUCAACACCAACACCCUGAUCCUGCUGAUCUUCGUGCUCUGCGUCGCGCUGGUUCUGUCGUACGCCUACUGGCUGGGGGCGCGGUACUUCCCGAAACUCUUCAUCUGGGCGACGGGGAUCCUGAAUAUCGUGUUUGCGCUGGCGACGGCGAUCUACUACCUGACGCAGCACCAGUGGGGGGGCGGGAUUGUCUUUUUGAUCUUCGGGGUGUUCGCCAUCAUCUGCUUCAUCAGCUGGAUCCCGCGCAUCCCGUUCACCGCGUUCAUGAUGCAGACCUCGAUCGACGUGUCGCGGCGCUACGGCCACAUGUUCGUCGUGAGCACGGUCGGCGGGCUGCUGGCCGUCGCAUUCGGGGCCUGGUUCUCCGUCACUCUGGUCUCCAUCUACGUCGCGUACGAGCCGGACGGCAACGGCGGCGGCACGAAUCCGGCGUGCGGCGACGGCGGCGGGGGGUGCAGUACGGCGCGGGUGAUCGGGCUGGUGGUGUAUGUCACCUUCGCGAUGUACUGGUUCAGCGAGUGGCUGAAGAACACGGUGCACACGACGAUCGCGGGGGUGUACGGCUCGUGGUACUUCUUCAGUGGGACGGCGCGCGGGAUGCCGGCGGGGGCGACGCGCGGGGCGCUGCGACGUGCCACGACCUACUCGUUCGGCAGCAUCAGUUUCGGCAGUCUGAUCAUCGCGCUCAUCAACCUGCUGCGGCAGGCGUGCUCGGUGGCGCAGCGGCAGGAGGCGGCGCAGGGGAGUCUGGUGGGGAGCAUCGCCUUCUGGGUGCUCGGGUGUGUGAUCUCCCUGCUCGACUGGCUGGUCACCUUCUUCAACCGCUACGCCUUCUGCCACAUCGCCUUGUAUGGGAAAGCCUACCUCCCCGCCGCCCGGGACACCUGGACGAUGAUGAAGGACCGCGGCGUCGACGCGCUGGCGGCGGAUUGUCUGGUCGGCCCGGUGAUCACGAUGGGCUCGGUGUUUGUCUCGUACGUGUGCGCCCUCCUCGCCUAUCUGUAUCUGCGCUACACCCAUCCCGCGUACAACCAGGGCGGCGACUUCACCGCGGUGGUUAUGGCGUUUGCCUUUGUGAUUGGCUUGCAGAUUUGUCAGAUCUUUAUGACGCCGAUGAGUAGUGGGAUUGAGACGAUCUUCGCGGCGAUGGCGUGGGAUCCCCAGGUGAUGAUCGAGCAGCAUCCGGAUUUGUAUCAGCGGUUGGUGCAGUUGUAUCCGCGCGUGCAGCAGGCGAUUCAUGCGUAG